AUCCUUUCCUCUUUUCCUCGGCACCCUGUCGUCGCCAACUGCAACUGUUAUCAACACCCGCACCCGCAUUCACCGCGACACCGGCGCCCGCACCCUCGCCGUGACAGCCGAUUCCGCUUGCGCGCUUCACGCUGUAUUGCAUCUCGACGCAUUGGAUGGCCCGCCUUAGUACCCACCACAGCGCCGCAUCCCCCGUUCGCUCCGCUCCCGCCGCAACCCACCCGCUCGCAACAGGCCCAACGAGACGACCGAUGAGCGUGUCAUAGCAAUAAGCGACCUCUCCUUCUUCCGACAGGCGUGCAGGCUGGAUUGUGCAGCCGGCGCGCGGCGUUGACGAUUCUGAACGGGUCUUGGCGGAGAAGAUAAAAUGACCACGUCGACGAGCUCGGAGACACCGGCGCCUCCCGCAAUCGUCGAGAAUGGCGCCGAGAGCUUCCGCAAGUUCUUUCAGCAGCCGGUCGUGGCCUCGUUCGUUGCCGGCGGCGUAGCAGGCGCCGUUUCGCGGACCGUCGUGUCGCCGCUCGAGCGCCUGAAGAUUCUCUUUCAGGUGCAGAGCGUGGGUCGCAAUGAAUACAAGAUGUCGGUCCCAAAGGCAUUGGCCAAGAUGUGGCGGGAUGAGGGCUGGAGAGGCUUCAUGGCUGGAAACGGGACCAAUUGCAUCCGCAUCGUGCCGUACUCAGCUGUGCAGUUUGGCGCAUACAAUGUCUACAAGAGGUUUUUCGAAAGCGAACCUGGCGCGGCCCUCGACGCCUACCAGCGCCUCCUCUGCGGCGGCCUCGCCGGCAUCACCUCGGUGACGUUCACCUAUCCCCUCGACAUUGUCCGCACGCGCCUCUCCAUCCAAUCCGCCUCCUUCGAAACCCUCAAGCGCGAAGCCGGCCAAAAGCUUCCCGGCAUGUGGGGCAUCAUGACCAGCAUGUACAAGAACGAAGGCGGCUUCUUCGCGCUGUACCGCGGCAUCGUGCCCACCGUCGCGGGCGUCGCGCCGUACGUCGGCCUCAACUUCAUGGUCUACGAGAUGGCGCGCACACAAUUCACCCCCGAGGGCCAAAAAGACCCCUCGGCGGUGGGCAAGCUGGCUGCAGGCGCAGUCUCCGGUGCCGUUGCGCAGACGUGCACGUAUCCGUUCGACGUCCUGCGCCGCCGCUUCCAAGUCAACACCAUGUCCGGGAUGGGCUACCAGUACGCGGGCAUUGGCGACGCGAUCCGCAACAUUGUCAAGACGGAGGGCGUGCGCGGGCUGUACAAGGGCAUAGUGCCGAAUCUGCUCAAGGUUGCUCCAAGCAUGGCGAGUAGCUGGCUGAGCUUCGAGAUGACGCGGGAUUUUGUAAUGGGCAAGCGGAGGUCGCAGUUCUUGUAGAUACAGACAUCUCCACCUACCCCGGAAGCAUUUUAUACCGGGCGGGGAUUAUUUGGCCAUCUCUAAAGUCAUCGAUAGCGGGACUUGAUACUGAAGAUUUCUUUACAAGCAUCAUGCAUUGGGUAUCAUGGUUUGGGAGUACCCUUCCUUCUUCUUCCUUUCUUCUUUCAGAUAGCGUGGCGUUAGCCGGCCAUGGUCCACGGCUGUGGAGUGGCGGAAUACGAAAGUCUUUGCAUC